UUGGACCGACCAUUGUUCGGGCAUAUGAAUGAAACCAUCAAACAAAACAAACGCACUUUGUAUGUAAACAUUACUGUUUCAGUCCUGCAUUAUCAUUUAUAUCGGAGUAAAUCUAGCCAUUAAAAAGCAGUAACUAGCAUGGAGAUACGAAAUGAAGUGAAACAGAAGGACCAGGAAGUAGAAAAGAAAAAGUUUGUCGUGCGCAAUGCUGCAGAUAUACAGAGAGCCAAAUUGGACAAGCUCAUGAAGAAUCCCGACAAACCAGUCAUCAUUCCAGCACCGAGCAAAAACCGGGACUUUUCGACCGCUAUUCCAUCGUUUGUGCGAAACGUGAUGGGUUCGAGUGCUGGUGCAGGUUCGGGAGAGUUCCACGUGUAUCGCCAUCUGCGCCGGAAGGAAUACGCUCGCCAGAAGCAAAUUCAGGAAAAAAGUCACGCCGAGCAACUGGAUGAUGCGUUUCAGGAAAAGUUGGAAAACAAUCGCAAAGCAGCGGAAGAACGUACGGCAAAGAAACGUGCCAAACGUUUGAAGCAAAAGGCUAAGCAAAAAGCUCGCGGAGGAAAGAAACCAAAGCAGAGUGUAAGUUUGAACAACAUCCUCGAAAGUUCUUCUGAGGAGAGUGAUGAGGAGGAAAGUGACCCUGCGCAAGAGGAGGCUUCUAAAAGCGUACCGGAGAAGGAUAACGAAAUCGACAAGGAGCAACUGGAAACAGAAAAGUCGAAUGAAACUGCCGGGAAAGAAAUUGAUUCGAGCACGAACGAUGGAACAGUGGCAGACCAGGGCUCUGAAACCUUGACCCAGGAACCAUCGUCGUUAUUGAAAACCGAGUCAGCACCAGGUGAAGACUUAAAGGAAACACAAAAAGCCAACGAAGACACGGACAACUAGUCAUAAUCAAUGAUAGUAAGGUACAAAUCAAUAAACAACCAAUGAGUUAAAUAA